AAUCCGCUUUAUUAUUCUGCCUAUCUAGCUUAUAUAACCUUUCCAGCAAGCUCAUGCGUCCACGCGCCUCGCAAAGCAUUUCUAUUGGUUGUCUAGCACUGUCCACGCGCAUCUGCUCAGUUUCGAAUAGGCUGCUGUGUUGACUCUCUUCCCAGGUGCACAUACUUCUGCUUAUCUUGGUUUCUCACUCUUCUUGCCUUCAAGGACUUCUUCUUCGGUGACCUUGAACAGCCUGUUGCUUAUUUCAGCUCUUCAUACUCCUGUAAAAUAGCCAGGGCCCCGACACAGGGCCCCGACAACUCUCUGCGAGAAUAAACCAAAGAGGACAAGCCCAGGAGGUCUUGUGGUGCACAUGCAGGAAGUAAACUGCAGCCCUGAAAGGAAGAUGAGUUACGCAGCGGCAAAGGGGAUUGCAUACAUUGACCAUGGCGUCUGAAAAGGUGAGACCUUGAAUGCAGCUGAGGAAGCUGUCUCAUGCUGGAGUUCAGGUAGAGCCGAUACUUUAUAGCUAUUUUCAAAGUUCCUGCUCUUGGAGAGUGAGAAUUGCACUGGCUUUGAAAGGGAUUGUCUAUGACCAGGUGCCAGUGAACCUCCUGAAGGACGGGGGGCAGCAGUUUUCUGCUGAGUUCAAGGCACUGAAUCCAAUGCAGCAAGUCCCAGCCUUGAAAAUUGAUGGCAUCACCCUUUCUCAGUCGAUCGCUAUAAUUCAUUACCUAGAAGAAACCCGGCCUAACCCCAGGCUCCUACCCCAAGAUCCAAAGAAGAGAGCCCAAGUCAGGAUGAUCUCAGAUCACAUUGUCUCUGGCAUUCAGCCACUCCAGAACCUGAGUAUCCUGCAACGAAUGGGGGAGAAAAAAAUGGAAUGGGCUCAGCAAUGCAUCACAUUUGGCUUCCAAGCACUGGAGCAGAUUCUGCAGCAUACUGCUGGAUGCUACUGUGUGGGGGAUGAGGUGUCCAUCGCUGACUUGUGCUUAGUGCCUCAAGUUUUCAAUGCUGAAAGAUACAAAGUGGACCUGGCUCCAUAUCCCACAAUAACCAGAAUCAAUAAAGCUCUCCUAGAGUUGGAAGCAUUCAAAGCCAGCCAUCCAUCCCGGCAGCCAGAUACCCCUGCAGAACUGCGAGCUUAAAGCCCUUUUACACAUUAAAUCAAGAAAGCUGGAGUGGCAAAGAGGACAACAGCUAAAGGUUGAGGAGGAUUUGAGUGCCAGCAGGAAAUACUCACAUCUCAUUGUCACCUGAAUGGAAUGAAGGAAGGACAGAGGGAAAGCCCUGUUGCUCCAGAAGUAGCCUGCAUGACUCAAAAGAGCUAUCACUGUGCUGGAAAGAUCGCAGCUACUUCUGACUAUGUUUUUCUAUUUUAUCUCUCUCCAUGAAGCAGAAUAAAAGAGAAGCAUCCAUAACUAUUAGAA